CAUUGACGCCAGCGGUUUGGGGGAGGGACGGCAUGGCGACCGCAGCGGUGGAGGUGAUCGGUGUGGUGGGCGGCGGUCAGAUGGGAUCGGGGAUAGCCCAGCUCGCGGCUGUUGCGGGGUUCGACGUCUGGCUCCACGAUACCGAACCCUCCGCCCUCCAGCGGGCGCAGAAAUCAAUCGUCGAUUCCAUCCGGCACCUCGUCUCCAAGGGUCAGAUCUCCCAGUUUGCAGGCACUAGUUCAUUAAACCGUUUAAGAUACACCUCCAAUUUAGAAGAUUUACGAACCUCAGAUGUUAUAAUUGAAGCCAUUGUGGAGUCUGAAGCCAUAAAGAAGAAAUUAUUUUUGGAACUUGACAAGAUUGUGAAAGAGUCUACAAUUUUGGCAUCUAAUACUAGUUCCAUAUCAAUUACUCGCCUUGCUUCUUCAACUAGUCGUCCAUCCAAGGUGGUAGGUAUGCACUUCAUGAAUCCCCCUCCAAUUAUGAAACUGGUUGAGAUUGUCAGAGGAGCUGACACUUCAGAUGAGGUCUUCAUGACAAUAAAAACCUUGGCAGAAAGGCUUGGGAAGACUGUCAUAUGCUCCCAAGAUUUCCCUGGCUUCAUAGUGAACCGGAUCCUGAUGCCCAUGAUUAACGAGGCAUUUUACGCUCUAUACACUGGUGUUGCGACAAAAGAAGACAUUGAUACUGGGAUGAAACUGGGUACUAACCAUCCGAUGGGUCCUCUACAACUUGCAGAUUUCAUCGGUUUGGAUGUCUGCCUUUCGAUACUGAAGGUGCUUUAUGAAGGACUCGGAGACAGUAAAUACAGCCCCUGCCCGCUCCUUGUUCAGUAUGUUGAUGCUGGUCGCCUUGGAAGAAAGCGCGGAACUGGUGUCUACAACUACCAAAACAAAACUCCAGCAGGCCAUCCCUUAUCUGCAUUGUGAGUUGCUCAACAGAUUUGAGGAUGUCGUCUGAGAAGACAUAAUGUGAAGUUGUAGGAAAUCCUGGAGCACAAGUAGUAUUCCUCUGGUUGUUGGUGGAUGUAAGUGAUAAUGAUGUUAAUGGCCUAGUGGUCUCCUUGUCUAUCCUUGAUGGAUUGCCAACUCUGUAAUGUACUUCAAUAAUUGCCCUCUAAGGGAUCGAAAGUCUAGUUUAAAAUAUAUAUGACAAUUGUAAAAUUAUCAUAUAUAUUUUAUUUUAAACUAUA